ACGCGCCACGUGGCUUCAUGCUUUCUAGUCAAUGAUAGCGACAAAUGUGGUGGGCAGCGUCCGAAAAGAAUUAGAAUUGAACUUUCUGUGGCCACUCAAAUAUUGUUGAUAAUUUCAGUGUCACAGAAGAAGCAAGGAACAGAGGAGAGAGGUUGCGGCUUGCUGAGAAACAAACGACUUUUGAUCGAAAGGAUCGCUCAGGUUUAGCUAUUUUUGCACCUUAAGUUCUCCAUUAUUUCAGUCUUUCCAUUUUUCUUCCUGAUAUUUGGAUGUGUAUUUUGGCUGUCUAAUAUGUUAAACCUGUUUCUCAGCUUCCAUUUGCUUAGUCUCUGUUUGUUUUUCUUUUCUCUCUCUGUAUGAGUUGCAUUGUGAUUAUACUAUUUAUUUGUGUUAAAGCAACUCAAAAAAAAAAAAAAAAAAACUUCCCACCAGUUCUUAACUCUCAUUGAUUUUCAUGGAGGAAAGACAGAUUUAAUCGUGUUACUUCUUUCACAUGCUCUGUUUUCCUUCACUGUGUCUUCUGUCUCUGAUAUAUCUAGCGUGAGUAUCAUGUUUGGAGUUGGUUGCCUGCAUUGGGAUGUCUUUGGGAGGAGCAAUGGAUUUAUUGUGCUACCCAGCUUAGUCAGUGAGAUACAUUGGUAGACUUUGGUAAGAGUAUAGAGAACUAUGAAACUCUGCUUGAUAGUCUGUGGAAGACGCCUUACUGGGCAUACAUGAAGGAUCAUGUAAUUCCAAAGGCCCAAGAAUUCCAACAGCUAGUUGAAGUCCAAGAAUCCGCUAGAAUUCUAGUAGACAUUGCCAAUGGAAACAAACAUUCUGGAAGGUACAUACAGCAGCCUCAUUGACAAUGUUGAGAAACAGACUGGUAGUCUGUACUCUGUUUGGGAUGUUCUCCCGAAGGAGAUACCAGAUCCUAAUGCAAAGAAUCCCGAAGAUCGGGAUGAUGAGGAAGUGAUCACGGACGCCGACAUGAGACACUUGAGUUCGUUGCUUGAGAGAAUGUCCUCUUUUGUUUCUGAUCAGAAAGAGGCCGCAAGAGAGCUUGGGCUGCUCACAAAGAGGAUGCUCUGUUUUGGACCCGCCAGUCACUCUUGAACCUCUGGUCAACGGCGUGACGGCAAUUUGAGGGAAAUGCUAUAGUUCCCAUGAUGAUUUGGUAUCGAUCUAGGUAUAACAUAUCAUGAUGAGGUCAUAUGGAUCUUGCUUCUUCAGUUUACCCUGUUGACUGCAUCAACGGCAUAUAUCAAGGAUGAGUUUUCAGUGUAAUUGAUGGUUUGCUGCCCAAAUAUUUGGGUAUUGAAGUUAUGUGAAAUGAAUUGUCCAAUUGAAGCUUGGGAGGCAAUGCUAGAACUGCCAGUAUCUCCACUUUGAGCCCUGCACGAAGCCAUGUUGAGUAAUCUAGAAGCACUCUGUUGUUUGCUAGCUGUACCAAAGAAGUCACUACAAAAGCACAGGUCAAUGUGGUCAUGUCUGAUAAAGCCUUGGUAAAGCAUUUGCAAAAAGAAUUGGCCAGAUUAGAGAGUGAAUUAAGAAGCUUCAUGCUCAUCUACUUAGAACAGGCUUGCUCUUCAUCUCCCUUAGUUUUCAGAGCAAACUCAUCUUCACAUACACCACAUGCCUUCAUAGAAACAACUCUAAAACCUUCACCACCUUGCUCAACUGCAUCAACUCCACAGACCCAUUGCCCUUCAAUAUGAUUCUAUCCGAUUAUUGUCGAAGUGGGUUUUCUUUUUUGGCUCUGCAAACCUUCUCUUACAUGCAUACCAAUGGGGUUCCUUUAAAUACAUAUAGUUUUUGUUGUUCUUUAGUGGCUUCAUGUUCCAUGAAAAACGUUAAAUUUGGUGCACAGAUACAUGCCCGUGUUGAAAAAUCAGCAAUGGUGUUCGAUGAAAUUCCUGUCAAGAACACUGUUUGUGCAAAUGCACUAUUGUCAGGUUAUGGUGAGGCUAAGCUGUGGGUUGAAGGGCUUGACUUCGUUCGAAGGAUGCGUUCAUUGAAUUUGAAUUGUGAUCAUUUCACAUUGUCAGCAAUGUUACGCUCAUGUGCUGGUUUGUCCGCAAUUGAAUUGGGUAAGCAGGUUCAUGGGAGUGUGAUCCGUAAGGUUUCUGAUGUGGAAGCUGAUGUCUUUUUGCAGAGUUCUUUGAUUGAAAUGUAUGGUAAGUGUGGCUCAGUGGAGAAGGCUUGGGAAGUCUUCAAUCUGGCAGGCUUUGGGUACAAGGGGGAGAGAAAGAGAGAUGUUGUUCUGUGGACCUCAAUGCUUGCUGUAUGUGGUAGAAAUGGGCAUUUUGAAAAAGUAAUUGAGUUGUACAAAGAGAUGUUGAGGGAAGGGAUAAGGCCAGACGGGGUGGCAUUUGUGACUAUAAUCUCUGCUUGUGGACACACUGGCCACGUGAAACUCGGAAUUGAGUAUUUUGAGUCCAUGGUCAGUGACUUUGGAUUGGAACCUCGCCCAGAAUAUUACAGGUGUGUAGUUGAUUUGCUUUGCAGGGCUGGUGAGUUGGAGAAGGCAUGGAAAAUGGUGAACGAGAUGACAUCUAAAGAGAAUGGCAGUUACAGUAUCUCAAUGUGGGGGGCUUUGCUUAAUGCUUGCAACGAAUUUGGAAAUGUUGAAUUAGGUAAAUUGGCUGCUCACAAGGCACUUGAGAUGGAUCCUCAUAAUGUCGGGAUCUAUGUUCUGUUAUCAAAUAUGUAUGCUAAAUUCAGUAUGUGGGAUGAGAUCGAGCAGCUGAGGGAGUUGAUGAAGGAAAGUGGUUUAAAGAAAGAUGGGCUGCACUUGGUGAACCCGACAAGAAAAAAAAAAGAAUAAAGAGACAAGGCCUCCAUUACAGCAGGUUGCCACGUGUCCCACUCCUUUAUUCCUUGCACACUUUCAAAAUGGAUUUCCAAAAAAACAAAACCUCAUUCUUAUUUGAUUUUUUUUCAUUUCUCCUUAUUUCUUGAUCUUAAAUAAAUCUAAUUUUAACAAAGCAAUUUUAGCCAUUUUCCUCAGGGCGUGCCUUUUUCAUUUUGCUUAUUUCCUAUUAUUGUUACUAUUAUUAUUUUCAUUUCGCUUUUUAUUAUAUUUCAUUUA